GAUAAACGAACACCCAUGUUCGACGACAGUUAGUACUGAACUGCGGCACAAGUGCCACAUAAGCGCCUCGGCCUCUCCUGACCGUGCCGACCCAGCACAGAGCACAGUGGUGCCCUUGUUUACAAGGCCUAUAGAGGAUCACCCUUAUGUCCCCGAGACCAGGUGUCUAUAGUGCCAUGUAAAACCCUAAAGGCUUAUCCCUCCAUAGGAUAAACACCACACUCAGUAGCUUCAGUGGAAUGUGGAGUUCCCCUGAACUACCAUUCCAUCUACCAUACAACCAUUGGAAAACCCCAAAUUCAUGGUAUAUAAUGGUCUUACAGGUCAGAAAUGCCGAUAGAUUACCAUUCCAAUGCUACUUCAAUAAGUCUGGCCGUUGACAUUAGAAUACAAAGAGUUACAUGAACAUAAACAGUGUCGGAUGUGAAGUGUUUAUGCGGGCCAUUGGAACCCCAAACGCCAAGAAAAAUGUCAUUAUCAUCUCAGUUAGACGAUGAACAUAAUGACUACCAGCUAAUGACCAAAAUCGACAACGCCAAGAACGUGCUGCAUCUCUUGAAAGCUGUUAAUUUUCGUGAUACAGCCACAGUAUUUGCAAGCAGUAAUGGAUUGAAAGUCACAGUUGAGGAGGCAAAAUGUAUCCAAGCCAAUGCUUUUAUCCAGUCGGAUAUGUUCCAGGAGUAUAACAUUCAAGAGGAUGUUAUAACAUUCAAGGUGAACUUGAAUGUCUUUGUUGAGUGUCUUAAUAUCUUUGGUGGCAGCAGCACUCCUGGCAUCACACCAGCACUCAAGAUGUGCUACAAUGGCUAUGGCUCACCUCUUAUUCUGUUACUAGAAGAAGCUGGGGUGUUGACUGAUUGCAGCAUACGGACUCAAGAGGCAGAUGAUACUCUGGACUUCAAUUUCUGUAACACAGGAGUGAUAAAUAAAGUAAUAAUGAGAUCUGAGUGUCUAAAGGAGGUGUUUUCUGAGCUUGACAUGUCCAGUGAUGUCUUAGAAAUCAUGAUGUCUCCAGAUCCUCCAUAUUUCCGUCUCUCUACUUUUGGAAAUUAUGGAACUAAUCACACAGAUAUACCAAGAGACAGUGACAUGGUGGAGAACUUCUCAUGCACUCAAACUAUGAUCCAACGUUACAAGCUCUCCCUUCUGCGGCCUUCUAUUAAACCUCUAAGUGCUUCUCAGAAGGUGUCAGUUCGAACAGAUGAGCGAGGUUUCCUCUGUUUACAGUUUAUGAUAAAGACUGAAGAUAACCAUAUCUGUUUUGUUGAAUUCUUUUGCUGUCCCGAUGAAGAAGGAAGUGACUAAUUAACAUGAAUGAAUAUGUUGUAUCCACUAUAAUUUAGAAUAUUUAUUGGCAGCAUUGCAUAGUAGGGCCAUUUAUUUUUAUGCAACAAUGACUGUCAUAGCAUGGAUGAGGACAACUGUCAGAUGUCAAGUUUUGAUGACAAAGUUAAACCAAAGUUAUACUAUAUACUGAGUUUAAUAUUUAUUUGUUUGGGUGUUUUACCACUUAAAAUUCUAUGUAUUGUAUUUUGGAAGCAGGUUAUGUAUAAUGAUCUUACAAAUAAAACUUUUCUUAUUACAU